CACGCGUUUGGUCUUCGAGAAAGUGCCUACACCCCGAGAAAAUUUUUGACCCCAUUCCCUUUUUUAAUUUUAAUUUUAUUUUCCCUCGAGAAAAAAAAUUAAAAAGAAUGAAUCAAAAGAAAAACAACAGCAAAAAAGUUAAAAAAGAAAACCCUAACAAAAAAAAUGAAGCUUCCCCAAUGCACCGUCACAUUUACUUAACGCCUACAGCAUCUUCUUAAGGACGCCGUGUUUCAUCCCACCCGCCGAUCAGAUCAGCCUCCUCACCGGCGAUAGAUUGUUACUUUCACUCUUGAAUCACAAUUCACUGGAAUGGAGCACCACGACAUGCAGGCGCCUAGAAGGGGAGAGAUGAAGCAUAAAGGAAGAAAUGUAGUUUGGUCGGUUGCAAUGGACAAGUGUCUCAUUGAAGCUCUGGCCAUUCAGGCUAAAAACGGGAAUAAAAUCGACAAAUGUUUCAACGAGAAUGCUUAUACUGCCGCUUGUAUUGCCGUGAAUUCUCGUUUUGAUCUGAACUUGAACAAUCAAAAAGUUGUUAACCGCCUUAAGACAAUUAAGAAAAGAUACAAAGUAAUGAGGGAUAUGCUAAGUGAAGAAGGAUUUCGGUGGAAUCCGAAUACGAAGAUGAUUGAAUGUGACAGUGAAGAUCUUUGGAAAAGCUAUGUUGCGGCACAUCCUGAUGCAAAAGGGUUCCGAAGAAAACCAAUCGAGAUGUAUGAUGAACUAAAGAUUGUUUGCGGAAAUUACCAAGCACCUAGUCGUUGGGCAAAGAUGAAGGAUGGAAGUCAUCCGGUUGCUUAUAAGAAUUUCGAAGAAGAUUCUGCUUCUUUUGUAUCACCGAGUUCAGAUGGCCUAAGUGAUACCGAUGGAACACAGUCGUAUACUGGGCCACCGGAGUAUAUGCAAGAUGUUAGUCAAGAACCUCCUCCAAUGGAGCCUCUCAGACAACUUCCAAAGCGGCCGCGUGCCUCGGAUUCUCUUCAAGAGGCAAUGCUGGCAGUGGCAUCCAGCAUUCGGCGGUUGGCCGAUGCAAUCGAGCAGAGUAAAACUACAGUCAAUGCCACAGAAUUGCUAGACGCUGUUAUGGAGAUCGAUGGUCUGGAAGAAGCUAAACAGAUGUAUGCAUUCGAGUAUUUGAACGCUGACCCUAUCAAAGCGAGAGCAUUCAUGACUUACAAUGUUCGGAUGAGGAAAACGUAUUUGUUUAGGCAGUUUUGGUGGUGGAAAUGACCAGACUGGAUUGAAAUUUCAAAGCUUUUUCAGUAUAUAAUUGACAAUAGUGUGGGGAUAUUUAUGGAUGAUGACACAUUAAAAAAACCUUGUUUCAAUGAUUCAUGGAGGUUAAAUGUACAGAUUUCAGAUGUUCACUGAUUAAACA